AUGUCUCGCGCUCCUUCUCCCGCUCCUGCUGCUAUUUCUCCCAUAACUCUAAAGAUCCCUCCAUUCUGGCCGGCGGACCCUGAAAUUUGGUUCGCCCAAGUCGAGGCCCAAUUUACCACCCGAGGAAUAAUCACCCAAAGAACCAAGUUCGACCAUAUAGUUGCGUCGCUUACCCCCGAGUACGCUACUGAAGUCAGAGAUCUCAUUUUACACCCUCCUGGUACUGAUCCGUAUGAUUCUCUUAAGAAGGAACUUAUUAGACGCACUACCGCUUCAGAGCAAAGGAGAUUACAACGAUUAUUUACCACUGAGGACUUAGGGGAUGGCACACCUUCCCAACUCCUUCGGCGUAUGAAGCAAUUGCUAGGGGACAAGGCUGAUACUGCAGAUCCAUCAUUUCUCCGCGAGUUGUUUCUGCAACGUCUUCCUUCCAACGUCAGAAUGGUGCUAGCGUCUGUCAAAGAGACUGAAGACCUUGAAUCACUUGCAGCUUUAGCAGACAGAGUAGCUGAGGUCUCGUCGCCUUCUGUAUCCUCCAUGAAAACA